UGCAUCUCUAAACAAUUACCAAAAAAAAACAUCAUCGAACGGUUCGGAUAUGUUUCAUAUCGAUCCAACGUUUGUAGUGACUUUGAUCACAACAAAGACUCCUCUACUUGUAGUAAGUAGGCUCCAUCUUUGUUUUCUCUCACCUGGUCCAUCCAAAAUCAAAUAACUCAUAAAAUUUGGGUCAGUCGAAAAAAAACUGAGGAUCGCUCGUUAAUUAAUUCGCUUAAUCUUCACAAAAAGGCUGAUGUAAUGGAUCAGAAGAAAAGAAUUACGACAAAGAAAACGAGGAAACUGGGUAAAUAUGAGGUUGGUCGGACUAUAGGUGAAGGUAGUUUCGCAAAGGUUAAGUUUGCGAGGAACACAGACACUGGAGAAAACGUUGCCAUUAAAAUCAUGGCUAAGAGUACUAUACUUAAGAACAAAAUGGCUGAUCAGAUCAAAAGAGAGAUAUCUAUAAUGAAGAUUGUACGACACCCUAACAUGGUCAGGUUGUAUGAGGUCUUGGCGAGUCCUUCUAAAAUAUAUAUCGUUUUAGAGUUUGUGACUGGAGGAGAGCUCUUUGAUAGAAUUGUUCAUAAGGGGAGACUUGAAGAAAGUGAGGCUCGCAAAUACUUUCAACAGCUUAUAGAUGCUAUUGCUCAUUGUCACUGCAAGGGUGUUUACCACCGUGACCUCAAACCUGAAAAUCUUUUACUCGAUAACAAUGGUAAUCUGAAGGUUUCGGAUUUCGGACUCAGUGCAUUGCCUGAGCAAGGAGUAGAACUUCUGCGGACCACGUGUGGAACUCCCAACUAUGCAGCUCCAGAGGUACUUAAUGGCCAAGGUUACGAUGGUUCAGCAGCAGAUAUUUGGUCUUGCGGGGUUAUUCUUUUCGUCAUUAUGGCUGGAUUCUUACCCUUUUCCGAGACUGAUCUUCCAUCAUUAUACAGAAAAAUUAGUGCAGCAGAGUUUUCUUGUCCACAGUGGUUCUCUGCAGACGUGAAGUCUUUAAUACAGAGGAUACUUGACCCCAAUCCCAAUACACGUAUUCAAAUUCAAGGAAUUAGGAAACAUAGUUGGUUCAGAAUAAAUUACAUGCCUACUCGAGCGAAGGAAGAGGAAGAAGUUAAUUUGGAUGAUGUUCGUGCAGUUUUUGAUGGAAUUGAGGGAAGUUAUGUAGCGGAGAAUAUAGAGAGAAGAUAUGAGGGACCCCUAAUGAUGAAUGCCUUUGAGAUGAUUACAUUAUCACAAGGCUUAAAUCUAUCAGCAUUAUUUGACAGACGACAGGAUUUUGUGAAAAGGCAAACCCGUUUUGUUUCUCGAAGGGAGCCUAGUGUGAUAAUAGCUAACAUUGAGGCUGUUGCAACCUCAAUGGGGUUUAGGGCUCAUACGCGCAACUUCAAGACAAGGCUCGAGGGAUUAUCUUCAAUCAAGGCAGGGCAAUUUGCUGUUGUGAUAGAGGUUUAUGAGGUGGCACCAUCGCUUUUCAUGGUAGACGUUAGGAAGGCUGCUGGUGAAACACUUGAAUACCAUAAGUUCUACAAGAAGUUAUGUGAGAAACUGGAGAACAUAAUAUGGAGAGCAACGGAAGGAAUGCCAAAGCCAGAGCUAUUCAGAACAAUCACGUUUUGAUUCAAGCCAGGUCCUCUCCUACUUCUGAAUAACUUAUAACAUGGAAUGGAGGUCGAAUAAAAUGUAGUCGGGUAUGAAUAAAUGUCAGUAAAUAUUCUUCUCCGAGAAGAUUGGAAAAUAUGCAGAAUCUUGAGAUGAUUGGCCACUGGAUCCCUCCAUUAUUUGUGUAUGGGACAUACUACUUGGUUCUGAAAAGAAAGAAAAAUACACAUGUCUGUGUGGGUUUGAUUCAAAGGGAGUGUGAGAGACUGAAUGUGAGGUAAACUUUGUUAUUGCAGUAUGAUUUAUUGAUUCGAAAGGAAUGAUAGUUA